CCUAGGUCAGGCUGAUCGAGCUGGCCAAAGAAACUUCUGGUGUAGCCUCGUAUUAAAUUAACCAAUUUAGAAUCAUAGAGUAACCUUAUUUAGAUAUAUCAUAUACAGUGUAUAACGUAUAGAAUGUCUCACAGAAGGAUCAUAUGAUGAGUAGCGUGAAGAUGUUGCUACUGCUGCUGUUGGACCCAGAUCAGAUGGUGCCAAAAUCGUAGAAGAGCUGACAUUGGACUAGCCACUACAUGUUCAAGAUUCUACCCUGGCAGUGUUCUUCGAUUCCAAACGGGUGAAACGGCUGCUACUGCUAUAACAGGCUGAAACAUAACAGCAAGUAGAACAGCAGGUAUAACACCAGCAACAGGCAGAACAAAUGUAAAACAAAAACGAAAAACAACAAAACACAUCAUUGCUGUCAAUAACUGCUACUGCUGUUCACAUCAAUACGACGACCACUACAACAUCAACAAUAUCAACAGUAACCAACAUUCACAACAAUAACAUUUGCAACGGUAACAUAUUCACCAGGCCGGCGCUAAAGUAUGGAGGCUGGUCUGCACUGUUGUUAUAGUAAUUCACACCAAAGAUAUGGGACUUUAAUGGACUCUCCACCACCACCUUACUAUGGCGGAUGUGGUGAUGGCGGCAGCAGCAGCAGCGGUAGCGAGGAUUUUUCCUUCGAAGGCACCAUGUUUUCUGUUUUGGGAUCCGGUAGAAAAUAUAUACCUUGUCCUCAUUGUAGACUUGAAGUGGGCGCCUUUGAAACUUUGCUUCUAAAAUCCGAUGGAUUAAGAAAAGGAAACAAUCGCAGUGAGAGUAUCUUCUUGGUGAACGUGUUAGAGAGAUACAACGUUAUUGGAAAUGGUGAUAGUCUCGAUGGACGGCCACCACUUUAUACCAUUCCUAACUCGUCCCAUUUCGGAGCUGAGUAUUGCCGGCACUGUAACGAAGCGAACUCCGUUUCCAAUAAACCACCAUCUUGUGACAGUACUCGCGCCGAAACCUCCUCACCAGCUUCAUCAGAUGUUGAACAAUUGUCCACCUCACUGGAAGACAAUUCAUCGCUAACAAAUAGAUACAGUGAAAAGAGUGACCAACCAAGCGACAACAAGAGCUUUGAAGGUAAUGACAGUUUUUAUCAAUCUAAUCACACAGGAAAAAACGUUAAAUAUAAACACAGAACAUCAAAUGGAUAUUGUCAAAGGAAAUCAGCAAAAAUUCUGGAUGAAACUACAGAAAACCAUCGAAACAAUACCAACAAUCACAUAUGCUAUAGUCAAUCUCGGUAUAUUCCGAACCACGUAUGCCACUCACCGGAAUAUUCGAAUCCUUGGUUAUGUAAAUCUUACCAUAAAGUGAAACAUACCAAUAAUAAUAAUAAUAAUAUACGAUUUAAUUCUAAUGUUUCUUGUCAUCGGAAUUCUUUUGUUGGAUACCAAGAUGAAUCGCUCCUCGGCGAAGGUGUUGGAGAAUUGCUCCAGAAUAAAAUGGACUCCAAGUUUGAGGAAGUGCUUAAAUGCAGAGAAGAUGAAUUGUAUUCUAGAGAACGUUUGGAAGAAGAGAUCGAAUCUUUAAAAGCUACCAUAGCAAAUUUAAUUGAAGAAACUCUAAAAUAUUGGGUUCCAAAUUAUGGAUCCAAAAGAAAAUUAUCGAGCACAGAGCACAGAAUUUCAUACAGUAAAGCUGAUACACCACCUCCUAUGAAACUAAACUGUAGAAAAAACGACUCGAGCCAAAUUUCCUUAACAGAAACUAUAUCACUUCAAAAUUCAUCAACACCUAAUCAGACAAACAGUCAUUCUAAGGAAUCUAGAGUGCAUCCUUUAUAUUCCACUGACACUAAAACAUAUUGCCCACAUCUUCAAAAAAUAAACUUGAAAAAUGAUCGUCGCAGCCAACAGUACCAGUAUCAAGACCACCAAGAAAUACCAAGUCCGACAGAGGAUGAGCAAACAGUUCAAACCCCAGGAAAUGACAGUGGAUUCUUCAGUCCUAGCCCAAGAAUUCUCCAAAGCCCUAGUGCCUGGCAGCAACGAAAACAUGAGUCAGAUUCAAAGUCUUUUCGAUACAACUCUCAUAACAUCAGUUCCGAGUAUGGAUUUAAAUAUCCGAAACCUGAAACCGACAAGUCAGAUGAUAGUGACCAAUAUGAAACCGAAUUGAACCCUAGAAACAGAAAACGAACAAAAGUGGGAAAUAUGCACCAAAGUUAUUCUACAGAAACCCGCAACACCAGUUCAAAAGUUAACGACGAUGAUUAUGACCAGAGUGAUCAAGUCAUAUCCCCGAGAGAAAAUAAUAAUUCAAAAAUCAAAUCUCCAAAGAAAGGGAAAUUUCGUCGAUCAACUGACCAGAAUGAAAAUCAAAAAUCUGAUCCCGAUUUGCAGUCCUAUGCCCAUGAAAGGAAAUUUCGGCAAAUGAAUGGGAACAUCAGCCCUGCAAGAAGUGUGUCAUCGAAAAAAACUUCAAAUUCUCUUGAAGAAGUAGAGAAACCCGUCAUUGAACACCAAAACAGAUCCCAAAUCAAUGCUUCUCCACCAUCAAGCCGAGUUGCUCCAAUGAGUCCUGAAUCUGAAAUGACAGAAUGGGAAAUUGAUAUUAAGGAACAGUUAUCAACUGCAGAUAAUCUCAAUACGUCUUUAAGUGAAACCAGUGAAGCUACGGAUAUAUCCAAUACAGAUGAUUCAUAUGGCACACUUAGCUCUGUAGCCAAGAGAUUUGACUUUGACAUCUAUUCCGACCAGGCAACAUCAUCAGUGGAUUUAGACGAAGGUAAUAGCACGAAGGAAUGGCAGGCAAAUACAGAUCGCUAUGUGGCGUCAGAAAUAUCAUCAUCGCCACUUCCAGAACGCCCUACACGAGAUAAAGCUACCCUUGUAUCAAAUAAAGCCGGGAAAAUAUUAAAAGGUGCUUUAAAAUUGGACAAUGAUUCUAAAAGCAAGCGUAAUCGACAUGUGGAAAUCAAGGAAGAAAGUUCAGCGGAAAAUAGUCAAGUUCAAAUAGGGAUGGCACCAAAAGAAUCUCCACCCAAAUUACCAUCGAUUGAGACAGUUAAAAGGACUAAGAAACGUGAUACGAGUGUUGGCACCUUUAUUGAAGGCGAGUUGGAUAAUUUACUUACCAUCCAUAAAAACGGAACACUUUAUGCUGGAGGUCCUUUCCAAGCUGACCAAUAUUACCGUAGCUGGCUUUCAGACAUAAAAUGCAAUGAUGAUGGACAAUAUAUCGUUAGCGACUGGAGCAAUUGCUGUGUUCAAAUGUUCUCGACCGUUGGCCUUCCUGGCGAUCGAGUAACAUUUAAAUCUGGCCCAUGGAGUUUGGCUUUGAUGGAUGCAAAUGUGGUGGCUUGCACUAUCCCCAAUGCUAGGCAACUAGCGUUUUUGUCUCAUGGCGCUCGACUUGUCGUUGUCGGUUUAGUCUCAACCGAACAGUGUUACUGGGGUAUUGCUGUGACACGGGAUCAAAACCUGGUGUGUUCGUGCAUUCUAGGCAUAGAUCUUCUCUCGAAUACAGGACAACCUUUGCGCACUCUCCAAUACAACAAAGUGGGACUCCACUUUUUCAUCUUCCCACAGUACAUUACAAUCGGUGACAACGAUGUGAUUUACGUAUCCGACAGUUGUGGCACAUACCUACUUGGUAUACCCAAAGAAGGCGAAAUUAACUUCGAGUUUAGACCGAUUCAAAGUAAUAAAUUCAUAACACCGCGUGAUAUAGAAUAUAGCCCAGAUGGAUACAUAUACAUUGCUGAUACUGAUACAAAUAAAAUAUAUCGACUAACCAAAGAUGGCAAACUUGAUUGUGAAUUAUUCACUGCCAAGGAUGGAAUCAAAGGUCCACUGGCUAUAACACUUCGACAAAACAAAAUUAUUAUGACACAGAAAGAUUCCAGCAUAUUGGUUCUUCCUCUUUAAAACGUUAUAAUCCCCCAGCAGUAAAGAAGAUUUUUCAUAUGAUCGCAGCUUUCUGAGGAAGGUACCAUUCAACACAACAGCAAAGAAGGAAGAGAGUUGACUUGAAGCUGGCAAGUUAAGAUAUGAGGUUGGUGUCCGACGCCGCUCACGUUGAAAUAAUAAAAAAAAAUUCAAAAACGAAACACAAAAAGAGGAAAAGAAAAAAACUGUUGUUUUAUUUGUUAUAUUUCUAUUCUUUUUAUAUACACGUUUUAAUAACUAUUUUUCUGUAUGUUGAGUAUAUUAUCAUUUUGAUUAAUGACUUGGGUGAAAUAACUAACUCUGCAUGAAUCUAUGGUAAGUAGUAUGAUAUGAAAUAACCAUGACUUCGAAAAAACGACUGCAUAAAUAUUUACAAGCUUUGACAUUUAGAUGCGAAUACAAUAAAAAAAUUGAUUACGCACUGAUUAAAUCAAAACAAAAGAAGUUUGAUCCAACACCGAACGUAGAGUUGUGAUUUACAGAGCUUAAACGCCUUUGUUUUAAAAUGAACAAAAAACCCACCAGUAUACAGAAUAUGACUGAGAAAGAUACGAAUAUAACAAAACAAACUAAUUGGUUUUGUUUCCUUUUAUACGGAGCAAGAGUCGAAUGUAAAUUUAAAUUCAAAGGAAAUUAUCAUAUUUUAUCGAACAGAAUGUUUAACUUAAAAAUGAAAGUAAUAACUUAUACACCUUUCACGCAUUCUUUCCCUUUAUCAUUGUGAAUAUACAUCAUAUAAUCAUAGUGCAAUCCUUUUUUUUUU